UCCUUAACACAGUUAGUAUCAAAGUAGAAACCGCAACAGAAGGUUAUGUGCAUUACUUUAGUAUUUGACAUAUAAAUGCCGUCCGACGCCAAACGCUUUCGCAUAGUGAUGUGCCUUUGCCUGGAAAUCCGAUAAACGAUCUAAUUAUCCCUGCAUAAACAACAAAGAAGGGACACAUUUUCUUAACAUUUUGUAAUUUAUUAAAAAUUAAUUGUUUAGUAUAUAACAAAUAAUAUUUAGGCAUUAAUUUAAAAAUUAUAAUUGUGCGACAUUAUUUUGGAACCUCUACCAAAAUGGAAAACGCUCACACACAGGAUGUUAUCGAAUGUCCCUACGAAAAACAUCAUCAAAUUUUAAGGUCGCGCAUGCAGGUGCAUCUAACACGUUGCCGCAAAAAUCAUCCCAACGAAAAGAAAGUUACAUGUCCUUUUAAUGUAACCCACAUUCUCAAUGAACCCGAACUAGAGUUUCAUGUUAGCUCCUGCCCCGAACGUACGUCGUUCGAACACUUCCGCAGCAGCGUAGAGGUUCCAAUAUGUCGCACUGUACCGCCACCAAUGCCUCAAUGCCAAAGUGAAGAAAAUUGGGAUGAUGAAAAUGUACCUUCCUAUAAUCCACAAGCAUAUGCAGCAAAUGCUGAUGUAUUGCGUUCUAUUCAGGGAGCACCGCCUUCGCAAAGGAAAGCUUUUCGUAAACAAGAACGUUUACGUCUUUUAGGCAUUGAUAACAACUAGUGUUUUAUUUUUCAAGUUUGUUCAUGUUCCAAAAAUCUCGGAGUUUUUUCAUGACUAUAUGUAUGUAAUUGUGUUUGGUUCAAUUUUUUAUACAAUUUUUAUGUUUAAAUGAAAAAAAUAAUACUGUGACGAUAAUAUUUGUAUAUUAAGUACCUAGACAUUUUUAAAUUUUUAUACAUAAAAUAAAA